CGCGCAGUGAACACCUCUCUGCGCGGCGGUGCUCGUUGUUGUGUGUGCGCGCACGUGUGUGUGUGUCUUUCAUGAUCUCGCUAUCCCGUGCUCCGCGGUUCGAAUCCCGAGUGUGUCGCUCGCUCGAAAGAGUCGCGUAGUCGACGCUAUCGCCAAGAAGCAAAACGGAGUGCCGUCAUAAGCGUCGUGUAUAGGACUCGGCACGAAGACUCGGGGGCCCCCGGAAGAAGUUCGCAUGCCUGCCGACCAUGGAAACCACCGGUGCGCUCGCAACGACCGCGGCGGCGUUGAAGGAUUGCCGACCGUGCGCGGAGGAAGUUAUGUGCGACGACAUGGUCUUCGAGCCUGACCAGAUUGUGCCCGACUGCAGUUCGCCCAUCGGCAUCGUGCGCAUGUUUCAAGACCCCGAACCCCCCGCGCCUGCUGCGGAGCGACGCUGGAAAGUGCAGGAAAAUCUUCGGCCCGGACAAAAUCCUUACACUUGGCAAGUCACCAGGAAUCGGGAAGCUGCUUGGCAGAGUAGAUAUCGGGGCUCCGUCAAGCAGGACCUGGACACCUACGUGGAGCGGAACGGCGAUUGGGCGCAACUGCGGCUAUCCGAGGCGAGCGCCCAGCAAAAGGCUCGCCGCGAGAGCGCCUCUCAAGUCGACGAGUUCUUCGAGGAUCACCAAGUCGAGCCCUUGGGGGACGGUGGCAUCAACGCGUCGUCGUACGCCCCUUACGCCUCAUCCCCGUCCCCGGCGGCUUACCUGAACCGCCACCAUGGGUACCCCGCGCAUGCGACGGCGCACAUGCGGACCGACUACCGGCUCUACCCAUCGGCCGCCCCAAGUCAGGACAUGUUCGCCAAGCCGAACCCUCCGCAGCCGCAUCUGCAGCAGCAUCUUCACCAGCAGCCGUCCGCGCCGCCUGCCGGCUCCAUGUCCGUGUGGCAAGAGCUCUCUGCGUGCAUCAACCCCCGGGAUACGGACAUCUCGGCUACGCCCUCUCAUUCGAUUGACAUCCUGCCCGUCGUGAAGACCGAAGGGUCCGUGCUGGCGCCCUGUCAGUACGGGGCCGUAGGUAGGCAAGGGCUCGAGGCGUCGUGCUAUCCGGGCGGCGGCUACUCGCCUCAGGGUGCCGCAGCGGCGCCCCACACGAACUUCAAGCUCAUGGUCGGGGGACCACACUUCUCCAUGGCGCGGGUGUCGUGCAUGCCCCCGACGCCGCCCAACUCGGAGCCCGGGAGUCCGUCGACCGACGGAGUUCCCUUGGGUGGAGCGUCUUCGACGCGGAGGACACCGCCACCGCCGUACCCGGCCGAGUGCCCGCCGUCCACGUCCUCCGGUGCCACGGUGUCCGAACCACCUCGCCCCAAGUACAACAAGCGGAAUAACCCCGAGUUGGAGAAGCGACGAAUCCACCACUGCGACUUCGAAGGUUGCAGGAAGGUGUACACGAAGAGCUCUCACCUAAAGGCCCACCAAAGGAUACAUACAGGUGAGAAGCCCUACCUCUGCCAAUGGGAAGGUUGCAACUGGAGAUUCGCUCGUUCCGACGAGCUGACGCGCCACUACCGCAAACACACGGGCCAGAAGCCGUUCAAGUGCCUCAUCUGCGAGCGCUCGUUCGCGCGCUCCGACCACUUGGCGCUGCACAUGAAGCGGCACCAGCCCAAGAACAAGUGAUUCUCACCGCCCUUCGCGACGACAACGAGCUGCAGACGUCGACUGUAUACAGCGGAGCGCGACUGCAUCGCCCAACUGCAUCGACGCACGCAACUUGCGAAGACCCCCGAGUUCUUCAUCGCCCACGUUAUGUCGCUUCCGGGACUUUUAAGU